AGCUAAUUUACCUUAUCCUACCCACUACAUAAUAUCUUAUGAAUUUAUUCAAUAUUAUCUUCUAAUUUAUUCUCUUUGGCAAUUUCCAUAAUUUUCCAUUAAUUUAAUUAAAUUCCAGCAACACAUUGUACGGCCGUCACGUUUUCAAAAGGGCCUUUUACCCUCGGUAUAAAAGCGACUCCACUAUUUCCACCAUUCAUCCAUUCAUUCAUCAACUUUUCUUUUUCUCAUUUGCUUUGCGAAAUUCGGCGGAAAAUUCCAAUGUCGCUCUCCAGAGAGUCGCCGGCCACCGCCGUGAGCAGCGGCGGCGAGAUCAUGCUGUUCGGCGUGAGAGUGAAGGUCGAUCCGAUGAGGAAGAGCGUGAGUAUGAAUAACCUUUCUGAAUACGAGCCUGUUAGUGAUGCAAUCAAUCCGGAGGCGGCGAAGGAGGGCGGCGGAGCUGCCGGAUACGCCUCCGCUGAUGACGCAGCGCCUCAGCCUUCCGGCGGAAGCGGCAGCGGCAGCGGCAGCGGCGAACGUAAGCGAGGAACUCCAUGGACAGAGGAAGAGCACAAGCUAUUCCUCAUUGGAUUGCAGAAGGUUGGGAAAGGAGACUGGAGAGGAAUCUCUAGGAAUUAUGUGAAGACUCGCACGCCGACACAAGUUGCUAGCCAUGCUCAGAAGUACUUCCUCCGCCGGAGCAACCUCAAUCGCCGGCGCCGGCGUUCCAGCCUCUUUGACAUCACCACUGACUCGGUCGCUGCAAUGCCGAUGGAAGAGGCCAGAAACCGUCAACAGAUCCCGGCUCAGCCGGCCUCCGCGCCUCCACCAAUGACAUCCAAUGUCAAUGCAUUCUCCACCAUGGCAUUCCCCAUGAUCAAUGGUCCUGUUCUACUAUCAAUGCAAGGUGGGAAUCCAUUGGAAAACUCGGCUCCCUGUCAAAAUUUCCUAGUGAACAAUUCAUCAGCAAUGUUUGCUCAUCAUCGCGUUCCUGUCCUCUCCACGCCUCCUUCCUCAGCGAUGGCCGAGCUGAAGCUGAACCAGCGAGCUCCUCUCGAGCCAUCAGCGUUGUCUCUGAGGCUGUCCCUGUCCACGGGGCAGAACCAGCCGUCGACUCGGGUGAUCUCAAGCUACAAAAAUGGAGAUAGCAUUGUAAGUGUUGCUUGAGGAAAGAAUAAAUUUGGAAAGGAAUAAGACCCAUGAAGAGGAGGGCACAUCAUAACUAUAAACAUUCUUAAGAAAAAUAGAGAAGACAUUGAUUAAGAAAAUAGAUUGCUCAACUAGCUUUUGACUAUUAAUCCAUCUAUGCAUUGUACAGACUGGAAAGAUAUAUUAUCUUGUACCUGCCCCUUGUUAUAUGCUCUACUAAUACUCAAUUUUUUUGCUUUGCUUU